AUGGCUGAGGUCCAAGACAGCAACAGUUCAUCAGGGAUCAAGUUAUUUGGUGCAACGAUUGCAGUGCAGGUAAAUGAUCAUCGUGGGAAGGAUGAUGAUCAUGCAAAGAAAAGAGAUAAAACCGUAGAGAAAAGGCCAGACAAGAUCCUCCCAUGCCCUAGAUGCAAAAGCAUGGAAACAAAAUUUUGUUACUUCAAUAACUACAACGUUAAUCAGCCAAGACACUUUUGUAAAGGCUGCCAAAGGUACUGGACCGCAGGAGGGGCCCUCCGGAACGUUCCCGUCGGCGCCGGUCGCCGGAAAACUAAGCCACCGUGCCUGGGUCUGUUACCUGAAAGUUGUUUGUUUGAUGCUUCUGGGAUGCAGGCGCAACAGAUGGAGUUUGAUUAUACGGUUGUGGAGCAGUGGCAAGUGGCGGAGCACGACGGUUUCCUGCAUCGUUUUCCUUCGAGGAAGAGGAGAAAUACCUCAAAUAGUCAAACUUGUUGA